AGUUAACUGCAGAAAUCGGGGCUAGGAGAGAUGCGAUGAUCUUGCACCAAGUGGAUGUGCCAUGUCUGCAUGCAAAUAGCGCGUCUGGAGAAGCUUGGAAGGAUGUCUUGCAAGUGAUCUGCGUGAUCUCCGUAGAAAUGCUCACCUCUGCCUGCAAACUUUUCCCCUGCUAGAAGUUGGGAGGAAUAAAAAAGCACCAGAAAGUUGAAAGGGGAAGAUCCCAGAGGACAAAAUUGCUUGAGCUAAACUGUUGCGUGCCAAGCUGGGGCUCUGGUGCUCAUCCCACCAGUGUGUCCUGGGCUGUAGUGCGGAGUGGCGGAGGGUGGCAUUGGCCAAGCUGCCUGGCAGCAUCCUUAACCUUGGGGACAGGCCAAGCAGCAUGCUGGCCACGACUGGCCAGCGCCCCCUGCGUGCCUGAGCCACCUGAGUUGCCGGGGUGGUGGUGGCCAUGGCUGCGGCCAUCGCCAGCUCCCUGAUCCGCCAGAAGAGACAAGCCAGGGAGCGGGAGAAGUCCAAUGCCUGUAAGUGUGUCAACAGCCCCAGCAAGAGCAAGGGAAGCUGCGACAAGAACAAGUUGAAUGUGUUUUCCAGGGUCAGACUCUUUGGCUCCAAGAAAAGGCGAAGAAGGCGACCAGAGCCUCAGCUUAAAGGUAUAGUAACAAAGCUCUACAGCAGGCAAGGAUACCACUUGCAGUUGCAAGCAGAUGGAACAAUUGAUGGAACAAAAGAGGAAGACAGUAGUUAUACUUUGUUUAACCUCAUACCUGUGGGUUUACGAGUGGUGGCAAUUCAGGGGGUUAAAACAAAAUUAUAUUUGGCAAUGAACAGUGAAGGAUACCUAUACACAUCAGAACAUUUUACACCUGAAUGCAAGUUCAAAGAAUCAGUAUUUGAAAACUACUAUGUGACAUAUUCCUCAAUGAUCUACAGACAGCAACAGUCUGGCCGGGGUUGGUAUUUGGGUCUUAACAAAGAAGGAGAAAUAAUGAAAGGAAACCAUGUGAAGAAAAAUAAACCUGCAGCACACUUUCUUCCAAAACCCUUAAAAGUGGCCAUGUACAAAGAGCCUUCCCUCCAUGAUCUCACAGAGUUUUCCAGGUCUGGAAGUGGGACCCCAACAAAGAGCAGAAGCGUUUCAGGAGUGCUAAAUGGGGGUAAAUCCAUGAGCCAAAAUGAGUCAACAUAGCCAGGUUCAGGCCAGCCAAGUGCUCUCUAAACAGAACCUUACCUCUGGAUGCAGUUGAAUUCUUACUUGCAGCCUUUCAUCCAAACCUUCAAUUGCCCAGGACAAGCCACUGAACUUAUGUAGGUCACCCGUUUAUUAGCAGUUAGAUCUACUGGUUGUCAGAGGAUAAACCCCAGGCAUGUAGAAUGUGCUUGUGCAUAUCACAAGGCAGUUGGAUAACAGCAAACACAACUGCGGGAAAAUCUCCGAGAAGAAAUGUCCAGCUCUUUCUCUCUCUCUCACUUUUUCUUUCUCUCUUUCUCUCUCUCUCCUAUGCUUUGUGGAAAAUGAAACAAAAACAUUUCACAGCAUUCACUGCUGACAAGAAUUUGCUUUCUAACUCAGAAAAAGACCACUUUUGCUCUUCAAAGGAAAUUUUAAUGCUUGUAUGUUUUAUAGGGGCAA